AUGGUUUCAGGUAGUGGGCGUCAUCAUCCUCCUACAACUACAAAAAAACGCCUGCGUCCUGGAACCAGAGCGUUAAUGGAGAUUCGCAAAUAUCAAAAAUCUACCAACUUGCUCCUUAGGAAGUUACCUUUUACAAGAAUAGUAAGUCAACUGAUUUAUGUUUUCACCACUUUAAGGAAAUGAAUAACAGCAGUUUCCCGACAGCUUACAUGGAAUUUUCUAUACUCUGUCCACCAAGGGAAUAAUUAUUAGAAAUGUUUUAACAUUUGGUUAGCUCAAACCAACUCCUCUCAAUUUCCGACUCCUGCAGUACUCUGCUUUUGAAGCUGCAUUACAUAACUGAUCACUUAUGCAGUCAAGUAUUCAUAUUAUUUGUAUCCAUCUCGUGUCUCUUUUAAGUUUAAAUGCAACUUAAUUAUGUUUUAAAAUGUUUUCAGGUGAGAGAAAUAGGCCUUAAAGUAAUGUCUAACACCAUGGGUAGCAUACAAUGGCAAUCAUCAGCGUUAUCUGCCUUACAAGAGGUUUGUCAGCUGUUUUUAAACUCUUCUGUGAUCAUGGUAUUUUCUAAGGCCUUAUGUAGUUGAAUGUUGAAGAGCCCAGCAAUUUGUUAAAAAAAAAUUCAUAAAUGUUGCCACAAAGUGAUAAACAAGAAAUAGACAGUCAUUUGGAAGCUUUGUUAAAACUUAAUUUUCAUUAUUUCAUCUUUAAAAAUGGAAGAGGAAUCUCUUUUUAAUUAUGACAUUCUUAAAAUUGUUUGUAUUUUUGCAAGUUGAAAAUUUGACCUAUUUUUAAAUAUUACUUAAAAAAUAUCCCAAAAAAAUAGAGUGUAUAUAAAUAUAAAAAUUAUUUUAAAAAAAAAUUGCUAAUUGAAAAAACCCAUUCCUUAAAAUUUGUGUCCGUUUUGCAGGCAUCUGAAGCGUAUCUGGUAAGACUUUUUGAAGAUGCUAACCUCUGCUGCAUUCAUGCUAAACGUGUGACGCUCCAGCCAAAAGAUAUAUGGUUAGCGCGGAAGAUAGGUGGAUAUUACGAUCUGUACGAACCUAGGGGAUAA